CUGCCUGCCGUCCCGCUCCCUCCAUUCCCGCCUCUCCGGCCUCGUGAUUCGGGCGGAGGCCGUUCACGGAGUGAGUCGGCGUGCGGCCUGACUUUCGACGCUGUGAGUGAGGCACCGUUCGCGGAAAUGCCGCGGAAAAAGCCAGUGAGAAACGCGUAUUAUUUCUUCAUGCUCGAGAAGAUCCCAGAGCUGAAGCAGAAAGGGAUCGAAGUGAAAGGACUCAAGGAUGCCGUUCCGCUCUGCAGCUCGGACUGGGAGUCACUGAAUGAAUCGGAGAAGGGGAAGUAUGUACAGAUGGCACAUCAAUGGAAAGCUGAGAGAAAAAACAAGACAGUGAACAAAUUUGAAGAAAAUGAACAGCAGUUGCAGAACCCUGUGCACCUUGUAGCAACAAGAGAAAUGAACAGUCCUCCCAUGAUCUGGUUUAGUGAUAAAGAGGUUUGUGAUGAAGUUUUCCAUUUUAUCAGCUUCCUUAGUUUGGCAGAUCUUCCUUCAAACUGUGAACAACGUUUCCUGCCUUGUGAAAUGGCUUGUGUUAAAUAUUCAAUGAAGAAAGGCAUAAUAGAUGAAUUUCAUUGCUUCAUUGAUCCAGGCAUGAUCCCCUAUGGUUUUCGAUAUCAUUGCCAACUUUCAAGUGACAGUACUCAUAAAAUUCCACUUUCAAACUUUGAAAUCGCCAGUUCCAAUUAUUGUGAGAUAUUUCAACAGUUCCUUGCUUUUCUGAAACCAGUAAGAAGCAAUGAUUUCAUCCCAGUUUACAGUAAGUUGGCUGAAUGCGUCAGAGUAAAUUGGUGCCUGAACUGGUUAGCCCGCAAAUCAGGUGGUAGCAGCAUUCCAGUGAAUGUUUUUGAGAUAGAAGAACUCAUAAUAAAACUUCAUGAGCACAAGCUUAAAAAAAAGCCUUCAAAGGAUAGUGUUGAAAGAAUGCUGAAUGUUAUAGUUUGGGAUUAUGCCAUGAAUACCAGGUGUAAAUGGCAUGAUGAGCGUGACAUAGUGUAUUGUGCAUUAGCAACAACCAAGAAAUGUGCAUACUGCAUCAGUGAUUCAUUGUCUUCCAUUUAUAAAUUUGAGAUAACAGCAGCACACAUUCCAAAAAGAGAGUUCACCUAUGGCACCAUAUUGAAUCCUAAAGUAUUGGUAUUGGACCAUCUUAGCCAGCAAGCAAAAGCCACAGAGAAUUUGACCAGACAUUGUUUUCACUCACCUUCUGAACGCAUUUCCAGUGGUAAAAACAGUGCUUUGGCAUCCAAUUUGAUGGAUUACCCCCUUGCAGCUCAGUUUGGGAGAGGGAGAGGUGCUGUUGCAGCAUGGCUGAAUUUUCCAUCCCACUCACCAUCAGGAUUUCAGCAAUAAAAACGUUUAAUUAUUGAAUCUGUUAAAGAAAGACAAAGCCAUUUGGUGUUCAGCUCUAACUUUGUGUGUAUGCACAAGAACAUAAACAAUACUAGAAUAAAAAUAUAAAACAGAAUGUGAAACCUAGUAAUGGAUCACUCUGCAUAGAAAAGAGUUUUUUUGCAAAUGGCAUGUUCAAUUUAAGAUUUUCACAUUAUAUUAAUAGUAGAAUUUCUUUUACUGGAGUAAUGCCACGGAGUGAUAUUCUUAAUUUGUUUUGUGUUUUAUUGAUCAAAUUCCUGAAUUUGUUCCUGUAAAAGUUAUUAAAUAAAAUG